AUGCUUCUUCGCAAAUACAACCCACAAAUUAUAUAUGGACAAAUUGCUCCAAUCAUCAAGAACCCUUUACGAAACGGUUCAAUUCAAUGUUAUAAUAUGAGAAAGGAAAUAGUCAAAUGCUCAUCUGAUGAACUAUGCGCUUUAGAUUAUGAUCUACGAGGACGCAAGUACAGAACACGUGGUUGCUACCAAAGUAAUGAACCCAAAGUUCAUGUUUAUGAUGGUGGAUCUUAUUCAUCAUUUGAUGUUGAAUGUGAUCACAAUCUAUGCAAUACUGAUGAAACAGUUUCACAACUCAAAAUGAUAUUCAGCGAUUAUGGUUUUACAGAUGCUAAUGGACGACGGAUUGCCGAUGGAAAUAAGCAAAAGAUUUCUUCUUUACUAAUGACAUUGGCUUUGACUUUCAUUGUUGUUUCUUAUUCUUAA